CUGAUAUCUUUCUCUCUCCAGCUCGCCAAACAGUGCAUUUGCAAAGGAACAGCCACGACCAGUAGCCUGAAAUGCUUAAUCACUUUCCGAUUCCCGAUGGCGAGUAUGAUAUCGAUAUUCUUCCCUCAGUUUUCAGCGAAAUAGGUGCCACUAAUAACAAUAAUACCGGUAAUAAUAGUAACAGUAAUAAUGAAAUAUUAUUUCAAAUCAGAUAUGGGUUCAAGCCCGAAUCUGUUGAUGAUUCUAUACCUUACAAGAUAUACAGGAACACUGAGGAACCCAGUAGUCGUGAAUACCUUAUUGAAGCCAAAAGCAAUGAAGACGCUCUAAUAAUCUUUGAGGGUUCAUCCAUAUCAUCAAAUGCUAAUAACCCUACUACUACUACCAAUGUCAGUCCCAAUCAGAAUCCCAACAUCAUCAUAACAAAUCCCAGCAACAAUCAAAACAUCAGUUCAAAUAACCCGAAUAAUUCGAAUAAUUCAAAUGAUUUCAUUUUAACUUUUGAUAAAAAUCUACACUCGAAAUCCUACGCUCAUAAUAAUAAGUUGAAUAUAAAUACAGCAGUCAAAAGAGAAAACAAUAAUUACACUUAUAACAAUAACAAUAGUAACUAUGUCAAUAUAAACAAUAAUAGUAAUAAUAAUAAUAAUAAUAAUAAUAGCAAUAGACCUAAAUUUAAGAUAAAUGAAGAAGAACUUCAUUUUGAUCCCUCAUUUGAUAAAAAAUUGGUUGAAAAUGAUAAUAAUGGAAUAAAACCAGCAAAAAUAAAAACAUCAAUUAAAAAAAAGAAAUCUACUUCAAAUUUGAAUAAUAAAAGCACUGAUAGUACUAAUAGUUCCAAUACUACUAAUACUACUAAUACUACUAAUACCACUGAUACUACUACUACAAAACCAGUGGUAAAUAAAAAUGGACAGCCCAAGAAAAAAGUUGGUAGAAAACCUAAAAAUGCAUCGACUAAUACAAACAGUGCAAAGACUAAUACUUUGAAACCUCAAAUGGGAGGUAAAAGACCUCCAGGUCCACAAAUAACUUCACCAGUAGCUCUGAGUAAUUCAAAUAAUGCAGCCUCAUCAGUUGGGUCAAAGAGAUUGCCAUCAAAGACACCAUCUCCUUCACCUAAUAUUUCUGAGUUACAAUUGGAUUCAGAAGAAGAGAUUUCAGACGCCGACGAUGAUUCGCCAAAUCCAGCGGUUUCUAAUUUAUUUAACGUCAGUAAUAAUAGUAAUGCUAUUGCUACGAAUAAUAACAAUAAUAAUAAUAAUAAUAAUAAUAAUAAUAAUAAUAAUAAUAACGCUGAGGAGGAAGAUGAUGAUAUUGGAUCAUUGAUCAAGGAAUUAGAAGAUGUGGUCGAUAAUAAUGAUGAUGAUGAUGAUGAUGAUUAUGAAAGUGAUUAUGGAUUUGACGAGGCGUUCAAUGCACCAGGUGGAUUUAAUUUAGUUGUUGAAGACAACAAUCAUUCAAAGAAGGAAGAUGUUAAUAAUAAUGUUAAUAAGGUUAAUUUUAAAGAUGCGAAUAAUAUUGAUAUCAAUAGUAUUAGCAAUGUUAAUAAUAAUAACAAAAAUAUCGAUAACAAUAUUAAUAACAAUUUUAGUAACGAUAAUUUUAAUAAUGAUUUUAGUAAUGGAUUUGAUUUUAAUAGGAAUUUUCUUCGAGAAAAGAAGAAGCCUAUUAGUUUAAGAGGAUUGCUUGGGGAUGAUAAGGAUAGUGAGGACUCAGCAUCCAGCAGUGAGGAAGAAUGAAGGAGCAAAAAAAUAAAAAAAUAAAAUAAAAUAAAAUAGAGGAUAAGAGGAUCAGAUAUUGUCAAGUUUUGAUAUAAAGUUAUAACUGUAAAAGCUAUUAGACUAUAAAGCAAGUGAGUGAAUGAGUAAUAGGCACCAUUAGAUUAAGGUUAUUAGAAAGAGGAUAAAAACAAGAUGAAUAUAAUGAAAUUGAAUGAAAUGUGAGGAAUUACAGAGUUAAAUGCAGAAAAAAAUAAUAAUAGUAGUGUCAUUAUUGUGUGGUAUGUAAUGUGUAGUUUGUAAUUUGUUUAAGAUUAAUAUAAAAUGUCUUAAAUUUAAAAUAAUGGUAUUGAGUAUAGCUAUACAUAACCCCAUUAAAGUAUGAUUAAUAUUGAUAUAAAUAAGAAAUUUUUGUAUUUAAAUAAAGAAAUAUUCAACUAUUCAAGUAUUUAAGUGGUUAUAGAUAAAAUAUAAAAUAUAAUAUAUAGUAUGAAAUCCAA